GCCGCGCGGACCCUGCAGACGUGCGCUUGCGAAUUCUUGGGUCUGAGAUGCGACGUCUCCGGGCCCUUGUCAGCUCCAGAAAUGUGUGAAGCUUAAAAAUGCCAUGGAGCUCGUGAGAGUAUGCCACUGAAGAAUAUGAUGGCUGGAAACACCUUGAAAAUGGUCAAGAUUCAGCAGUGUGUAGCCAACAAACUACCUAGGAACAGGCCAUAUAUUUGCAAUAUUUGCCUCAAGCACUUUGAAACGCCGUCAAAAUUAGCCAGGCAUUAUCUCAUUCAUACCGGUCAGAAGCCGUUUGAAUGUGAUGUAUGCCACAAAAACUUUAGACAACUAGUUCAUCUGGAGAGGCACCAGUUAACUCACAAUCUGCCUUUUAGUUGUAGUAUCUGCCAACGCCACUUUAAACAUCUGAAGACAUUUGUGAAACAUCAGCAGCUUCACAGUGAAUCCUAUCAGAACGAUGUUAAAGUCAGAAGACUGCUUGCGCCCAAGCAGGAGAAGCCUAUGUGUGGCGUGUAUAAUUCUUUUACUGCAGAGGAGAGGCGGACACUGCACCCCUGCUCUAAGUCAGAUCCCACGUACAGCACCACGAAGAGAAGAAAGAAUAUUCAUGCAUGUACAAUCUGUGGCAAAAUGUUUCCAUCACAAUCAAAACUUGAUAGGCAUGCACUUAUUCACACUGGGCAGAGGCCUUUUAAAUGUGUCCUGUGCAGUAAAUCUUUCCGACAGUCAACUCACUUAAAAAUCCACCAACUCACACAUUCAGAAGAAAGGCCUUUUCAGUGUUGUUUCUGCCAGAAAGGAUUUAAGAUUCAAAGCAAACUUCUGAAGCAUAAACAAAUCCACACUCGGAAUAAGACUUUUCAAAAUCUUUCUUUGAAAGUAAAGACUCCUGAAUCAUGUCCCCUACCUAAUAAAUUACAUGCAAAGCAGGAUGCUUUUGAAAAUGGUGAUAUGGGCGAAUCUGAGGAGAAUAAUCCUCUUGAUGUCCACUCUAUUUAUAUCGUCCCUUUUCAGUGUUCAGAGUGUGAAGAAUGUUUUGAGUCCGAGCAGAUUCUCAAUGGACACAAGUGUCUUCCUGCCAGAGGUGGCAGAAUUCCAAGCAGGCUCAAAAGAAGCUGUAACUAUAAGACCAUUGUUAAAAAGCUCUUGGCUAAACUUAAACGUGCUGGGGGUAAAAAAUCAGAUAACCUUCAGUCAGAGAAAAGAACAUUUAAAAGCAACUGCUUGAAAAAUUGUGAACGUACUUCUGGUAAGCAAAACAUGGAACAGAGUCAGAGAACAUUUGUGGGUUCACUUGGCAGACAUGGAUCAUUCAAGACAGUUAGCAAAAAGAAGAAGAAAACACUGACUUUGCCAUUUUCUUGGCAAAAGCAAUUCCAGAGCCAAAGUAUGGGUAAAAGUUUGCAAGGUGUCUUUGCAACGGGAAACAUACUAAGUAUGGAUGGCUCAGUGAAUAAUAAAGACUUGUCAAUCUAUGGCUCAUCAGGUGAGGAAUACUUUAAUAACUGUGACAUGCUUCAGUGUGAUUUUUCAGAUUCAAGUGAAAGUGUACAUACUGGACAUAAAAUGUGUCCCUGUGAUAAAUGUGACAAAGUGUUUCCUUCUGUCUCUAAACUACAAAGGCACUAUUUAAUUCAUACUGGGCAGAGGCCUUUUGGCUGUAAUGUUUGUGGAAAGUCUUUCAGACAGUCAGCUCACUUAAAACGACAUAAACUUACUCAUAUUGAAAAGGUACCCUAUAGUUCUUUUUGGCAGGUGGACUUUGGAAAUGUGAACAAACUUCUCAUUCAUCCAAGUGAUGAUGUCAGUUAUAAUGCUUCCCAACAGUGUGAGGGGAUUAGUCUUCAAAAGUAUGAGAGUUCAGAGUCCAGUCAGGUAUCAGAAAUUGAAGUCAAGGCAGAAUCAGAGGAUUUCAUUCUCAGUACCCACUGCAGGAACAGGCAGUCUUUCCUCGCUGACACGCUUUUGGAGUCAGAGCAGAGCCAUCAUUGUUACAGUUACUUAGGCCGUCCUGAAAGAAGUGAUGGGCUCCUUUACCAGUGCAGUGUUUGUUGUAAAAAUUUCCGAUCUCCAUCCAAACUGGAAAGACACUAUUUAAUUCAUGCGGGACAGAAACCAUUUGAGUGCUCAGUCUGUGGUAAAACAUUCAGACAAGCACCUCACUGGAAGAGACAUCAGCUUACUCACUUUAAAGAACGACCACAAGAGAAAAUGGUUCUGAAUUAAUCUGUGUAACACAAAACUACUAAUAGAUAUGCGACCUCUGGUAAUAUAAUACCCUUCAAGACAUUUUUGCCAAAGGCCUAUAUUAGGUAGGUGACUUCAUAGGCAAUUGCUUGUCUUGCAAAAUAAGGAAUACGUUAGAUAAAAAUCACAGUGUUUUAGAAACAGCAGAGUAACUUGAAAAGUAAUAGCAUGGUUUGAUGCCAUAAGUAGGUAUCUAAGGUUGUCAACAUAUAACCUUGGUUGUAUUAAAAGUUUGAAUCCAUCAUAUUCAAUUUGGCCUCAUUUGUUGAAUUACUCCUUAAGACAUUGUGUGUCUUUGUAUGUAUGCAUACCUCCCAAAAUGAGGCCAGAAUUGGAAUUCAGCUGCAGCAAACCACCCUGCCAUAUUUUCUUUUUCAUGGAAGCUUAAAUUCUAUUGCAAAACGUUCUUACAAGUUAGAAGAUAAAAGGAUAAUAGAUACGGAAAUGGGUGGGGGAAAUUACAGCAUUUUACUUUUUUAUAGUGAUUACUUUUUAAAACUGUGAUAAUUUUACCUUGGUAGACAAGUGUCCCCCUUCCUGUGUAGGUUACCUUUGUUUCUUUAAGGAAUUUAAAAGCAGGAGGAAGCUGGGUUGCACCCAUAUGUAUUUACCAUCCAAUAAUGUUUACAUUUACAUGGUAUUUUCCAAGUGCCAUGAGUUUUUCUUAUAUGUCUGUAGGUGUAUCUUUUUAGACACUUGAAUGCAGUGCACCUGUUUGCUCAUUAUUGGUUGACAGCAGUGGCCAGGGACAAGACUUUGUUUCAACACCUUUGAGUGGCCCUAUGACUUGACUAAAUCUAUUCUGCUAAAUUCAGUCAAAUGGCAAUAGUUCUGUAGUUUCAGUCUUAGCUCCUCUCUUUGUGAAAGACACUUAAUGCUAUAGUAUUAUUUCAACCUUUGUUAAGUUGUUACUUUGGUUAGUAAGGAUAUUGUUUCUGUGGAAGAAUAAGGUGCUUACAGAGUUGAAGUCAUCAUUUUUUUCUAAACAGUAUCAGUAUUGUCAUGAUCUGACAAAAAUAUUUCAUUUAAUCCUACUCUGUGAGAGAAGUGACGUAGUCACAGAUUGUCCUUCACAUUUGUGGCAGUAUGUAAAAUGCUUGACUAACAUUUUUCUAGCAAUAAAAAGGUUAACUGUUCUUUUUCUAAGGUGAAAAGAAAUAGGUUUUAUCACACUUAUAUAUAGUGAAAAGGCCUGUGUUGGAAGUGUGGGCAAUGGAGUAAUUGUAAGCUUUGAUCACGGUAUAAGAGCUGUACUUUGUGAGGGGUGGGGGGAGAAAAGAGAAAGCUUUCAGCCCAAGUGAACCAUAAGAAACUUGGGUUUAAUUUACAGAGAUAAAUUGUGGUAUGAAUAGGUGCCCAAACGUAAAGAAAUGUGCCUAUUUUUAAGUAGAGACGCUUGUCUGAAGAGGAAUGCUGUGUGCUUCAAGGCGUAACUUCUGUUUCUUUGAGAUUAGAGGGAUGUGUUUCUAGCGCAAGCACAUUGGGGCUCACAGAACUAUUGACGGAUGUGUGUGUCACGUAAAGAAAGCAUAAAUAGUUCGUGUUUAUUUAAUAUACGAAGUUAUGGAUUUGGGCAUUUCCCUAAGUUAUUUAUAUAGUUUUAUUUGAAGGGAAAUGUCUCAGAUGUUUCUUUCCCACCUAAACAGGGAGAGUUCUGAAUGUUGUGCUCGUAUGACUAUGAGUCUUUGCCUGAGUAAUAAGAAGAUACUUUUUUUUUUUUAAUUUGGCUUAUGCCUUUCGAAGCUGUUUCAUAUUGAAAGUUGGAAUACUGUAAAAAUUUUGUCAAGAGAUGUUCUGUAGUGCUAUUUGAAGUACCUGUAACAAAAUACUUACUGUUAUUACCAUUGCAAGCUUCUUAUGACAUCAGUAGGAGUGAAAAUAAAGUACGAAUUUAUGUUAAUAAACAUGUUAAAUGAUGGUUUGCUGCAUGCUAGGACUGUACUUGUUAAGUCAAUUAUUUUGAUUUUCUGGGGAAAAAAAUUUAUGAAUAUCUUUCAAGAGAACUAGAAUUUCUUGUUUGGGUGUUUCCAGGUUUUAGCAUGAUGAUUUACUGAAGGAGUUUGAUUAGCUGGGCUAGGACAAUUGCUGCUCCAUGUUUCAUAUUGCAACAAUGUCCAUGAUUUUAAUAUAUAUGUUGUAUGCUGGUGGAAAGUAAAUGAUGCUUAAUGUUUUUGAAAAAUCUCAAAUUGCAGAAUAAUUUAAAAAUAAAGUUUCAAGUUAUA